CGCAGCCCCCGCCCCCCGCCCUCCCGCGCCGGGGCUCUGGGCCGACAGGGGGCGUCCGCAGGCCGGGCUCGCCACGCUCCCCGCGCCGCCGCUUUGUUUGCGUUCAAAUCCCUGGAGCUGGGGGAGGGGAGAACCCGGAGGGACCCGGGACGGGGUCUUGGCAGGGACCCUUUGUUUGGGGGUGAGCAGGUCCCCAGCUUCCGCGUCUCCGCCCCCGGCACGGGAAGGCUGGAGCGGGGGAAGCCAGUCCCGCUGGCCCGCCCAGGCCAGGGUCCCUGGGGCGCAGUCCCCGAGUUGGGAAGGUUCGUCAGAGCCGCGGGAGCGCAGCGGGUGCCGGCCGUGCGCGGCGUGUUGCCAGCAGCCGGGGUGGGGAAGCCCCUCACGUCCCUGCCCCUCCUUCCCCCCGUCGCCCGCGCGCGCCGCCGGAGUCCCCGACUCGACCCGAGCUCGCUGCCCCCGCCGCCCCUCCGCCAGAAGGCUGGUGUCUCGGAGGAGGCAGCGCGAGGAACAGGAUGAGGCCCUGGUCAUUUCCACGCCCAUCCCACCCACUUCCUGCCUCCCUCUUGGGCAACAAAGGGGCCUCGGGAAGCUGGGCCCCUUCGCUCCCGGCCCUGCUCCCACUCCUGCCCUGCUGAUGUGGAACGGGGUUUGGGUUCUGCCGGGCUAUUGUCUGCGCUGGGGAAGGGGACAGGCCGGGACAGGGACCUCCGCCCGCAGCUGGCCGCACCAGGUUUCCCUGUGGGGCUUUCCCGACUGCCUACCCCACCGCAUGCCCCCGUCGCCCUAAGGAGUUUUCCUCCCAGAGUUAGGUGUUGACGGGGUCCGGAGCCCCAGUGGCUGCAAGGCCUUCUGCCUGAGAUUCUUUCAAGAAACUCUCAAAUCUCUUAGGCCUGAGUGUCAGGACAGCUGGCCUGAAGCUCAGAGCCGGGGCUUGCGCCAUGGCCCCACACUGGGCUGUCUGGCUGCUGGCAGCAAGGCUGUGGGGCCUGGGCAUUGGGGCUGAGGUGUGGUGGAACCUUGUGCCGCGGAAGACAGUGUCUUCUGGGGAGCUGGCCACGGUAGUGCGGCGGUUCUCCCAGACGGGCAUCCAGGACUUCCUGACACUGACGCUGACGGAGCAGACUGGGCUUCUGUACGUGGGGGCCCGAGAGGCCCUGUUUGCUUUCAGCAUGGAGGCCCUGGAGCUGCAAGGAGCGAUCUCCUGGGAGGCCCCUGCGGAGAAGAAGACUGAGUGUAUCCAGAAAGGGAAGAACAACCAGACCGAGUGCUUCAACUUCAUCCGCUUCCUGCAGCCCUACAACGCCUCCCACCUGUACGCCUGUGGCACCUAUGCCUUCCAGCCCAAGUGCACCUACAUUAACAUGCUCACCUUCACUUUGGAGCGGGGAGAGUUUGAAGAUGGGAAGGGCAAGUGUCCCUAUGACCCAGCUAAAGGCCACACUGGCCUCCUUGUGGAUGGUGAGCUAUACUCGGCCACACUCAACAACUUCCUGGGCACGGAACCCAUUAUCCUGCGUAACAUGGGGCCGCACCACUCCAUGAAGACAGAGUACCUGGCCUUUUGGCUCAACGAACCUCACUUUGUAGGCUCUGCCUAUGUACCUGAGAGUGUGGGCAGCUUCACGGGGGACGACGACAAGGUCUACUUCUUCUUCAGGGAGCGGGCAGUGGAGUCCGACUGCUAUGCUGAGCAGGUGGUGGCUCGUGUGGCCCGCGUCUGCAAGGGUGAUAUGGGGGGCGCGCGGACCCUGCAGAAGAAGUGGACCACGUUCCUGAAGGCGCGGCUGGCGUGCUCUGCCCCGGACUGGCAGCUCUACUUCAACCAGCUGCAGGCGGUGCACACCCUGCAGGACACCUCCUGGCACAACACCACCUUCUUUGGGGUUUUUCAAGCGCGGUGGGGUGACAUGUACCUGUCGGCCGUCUGUGAGUACCAGUUGGAAGAGAUCCAGCGGGUGUUUGAGGGCCCCUACAAGGAGUACCGGGAGCAAGCCCAGAAGUGGGGCCGCUACACCGACCCUGUACCCAGCCCGCGGCCUGGCUCGUGCAUUAACAACUGGCACCGGCGCCACGGCUACACCAGCUCCCUGGAGCUGCCCGACAACACCCUCAACUUCAUCAAGAAGCACCCGCUGAUGGAGGAGCAGGUGGGGCCUCGGUGGAGCCGCCCCCUGCUCGUGAAGAAGGGCACCAACUUCACCCACCUGGUGGCCGACCGGGUUACAGGACUUGAUGGCGCCACCUAUACGGUGCUGUUCAUUGGCACAGGAGAUGGCUGGCUGCUCAAGGCCGUGAGCCUGGGGCCCUGGGUUCACCUGAUUGAAGAGCUGCAGCUGUUUGACCAGGAGCCCAUGGGAAGCCUGGUGCUGUCUCAGAGCAAGAAGCUGCUCUUUGCCGGCUCCCGCUCUCAGCUGGUGCAGCUGCCCCUGGCUGACUGCAUGAAGUACCGCUCCUGUGCAGACUGUGUCCUCGCCCGGGACCCCUAUUGCGCCUGGAGCGUCAACACCAGUCGCUGUGUGGCCGUGGGUGGCCACUCUGGAUCUCUGCUGAUCCAGCAUGUGAUGAUCUCGGACACUGCAGGCAUCUGCAACCUCCGAGGCAGUAAGAAAGUCAGGCCCGCUCCCAAAAACAUCACGGUGGUGGCGGGCACAGACCUGGUGCUGCCCUGCCACCUCUCCUCCAACUUGGCCCAUGCCCGCUGGACCUUUGGGGGCCGGGACCUGCCUGCGGAACAGCCCGGCUCCUUCCUCUACGAUGCCCGGCUCCAGGCCCUAGUUGUGAUGGCUGCCCAGCCCCGCCACGCUGGAGCCUACCACUGCUUUUCAGAGGAGCAGGGGGCGCGGCUAGCCGCUGAAGGCUACCUUGUGGCUGUCGUGGCAGGCCCGUCGGUGACCUUGGAGGCCCGGGCCCCCCUGGAAAACCUGGGACUGGUGUGGCUGGCGGUGGUGGCCCUGGGGGCCGUGUGCCUGGUGCUGCUGCUGCUGGUGCUGUCACUGCGCCGGCGGCUGCGAGAAGAGCUGGAGAAAGGGGCCAAGGCUACUGAGAGGACCCUGGUGUACCCCCUGGAGCUGCCCAAGGAGCCCACCAGUCCCCCCUUCCGGCCCUGUCCUGAACCAGAUGAGAAACUUUGGGAUCCUGUCGGUUACUACUAUUCAGAUGGCUCCCUUAAGAUAGUACCUGGGCAUGCCCGGUGCCAGCCCGGCGGGGGGCCCCCUUCGCCACCUCCAGGCAUCCCAGGCCAGCCUCUGCCUUCUCCAACUCGGCUUCACUUGGGGGGUGGGCGGAACUCAAAUGCCAAUGGUUACGUGCGCUUACAACUAGGAGGGGAGGACCGGGGAGGGCUCGGGCACCCCCUGCCUGAGCUUGCGGAUGAACUGAGACGCAAACUGCAGCAACGCCAGCCACUGCCCGACUCCAACCCCGAGGAGUCAUCAGUAUGAGGGGAAACCCCCACCGCGUCGGCGGGAAGCGUGGGAGGUGUAGCUCCUACUUUUGCACAGGCACCAGCUACCUCAGGGACAUGGCAUGGGCACCUGCUCUGUCUGGGACGGAUACUGCCCAGCACCCACCCGGCCACGAGGACCUGCUCUGCUCAGCACGGGCACUGCCACUUGGUGUGGCUCACCAGGGCACCAGCCUCGCAGGAGGCAUCUUUCUCUCUGUGAAUCACAGACACGUGGGACCCCAGCCGCCAAAACUUUUCAAGGCAGAAAUGUCAAGAUGUGUGUGUGUCUGUAUUUGCACGUGUGUUUGUGUGUCUGUGUGUGUGUGUGUGUGUGUGCACGCGCGUGUGCGCUUGUGGCAUAGCCUUCCUGUUUCUGUCAAGUCUUCCCUUGGCCUGGGUCCUCCUGGUGAGUCAUUGGAGCUAUGAAGGGGAAGGGGUCGUAUCACUUUGCCUCUCCUACCCCCACUGUCCCGAAUGUCGGGCAGCGAUGUACAUAUGGGGGUGGGGUGGGCAGGGUGCUGUGCCCCUUCGGGGGGAGCGCAGGGCUCGGGGUGGGCCUAGUCCUGCUCCUAGGGCUGUGAAUGUUUUCAGGGUGGGGGGAGGGAGAUGGAGCCUCCUGUGUGUUUUGGGGGAAGGGUGGGUGGGGCCUCCUACUUGGCCCUGGGGUUCAGUGGUAUUUUAUACUUGCCUUCUUCCUGUACAGGGCUGGGAAAGGCUGUGUGAGGGGAGAGGGUGGGACUACUGUGGACAAUGGCAUACUCUCUUCCAGCCCUAGGAGGGGGCUCCCAACGAUGUAACUUAUUGUGUCCCCGCGUAUUUAUUUGUUGUAAAUAUUUGAGUAUUUUUAUAUUGACAAAUAAAAUGGAGAAAAUGAAACGA